AUCUUUUUAUCAGAGUCAAUUCCUUUGUAUGAACUAGCUCUUGGUACAGUACGCCACACGAACUAAUGACAGAAGAACACCGCGUAUCUCGUCUAAUGAACUUUGUUUAUGUAGCACCUGCAAUGCUAAGAUCACGUAUCUCCUGUAGAACUUGUUCUACUCUUUGGUCAAGGUGGCCUUGAGCGUAUUGUUCUCUGGUGUUCGGGUCGAGAUAUUGUUGGACUUGGGCCAUUCUAGAGUAUGCCUCUGCACAAACUGUGGGGCGCAAGAAUCAAUCGAUCAUGUCUGGAGGGAGGGCGAUUAGGGGGGGAAACUUACAUCUGAGCUGAAUUUUUACGAGUGCUUCGAAUGAAGGGUCGAGAUAGGGUACCCGGAGGUCAAUCAACUGGGGCAAUUCUGUAGUAAGCUGUUCAUUGAGAGCUUCAUAGACAUCGCGAGCCAUCUGAGCCUCUUUCUCGGUCUGUAAUGAGCGUCAGUACAGAGCCAGGUCUCAGAAGUCAGUUGAAUGGCAACACACCCUCGGCAGCUUUCCGGGAUCUUUGUCAGGCUUUUCUACUAGCUUUUUGACCUUUGCCCGCAUCUGGUCGUAAUCAAGGAGCUUGUGAUUCCUCUUUUUUAUGCCUGACGCACGAUUCUAUUAGUUGUGACCUAGAAACAACCGGCUUGGGGGAGUCUGAACAUUCGUUAAUGUCUGGGAAGUAAGCGCAGAAUCUAGAGAUAGGCUCUAAGACAGUAGUCCUGUAAGGGCCGUCCAGAGCCUUGAUAGUUUCGGCAUCGAGCUCUUCCACAGCUUGCUUGUAGGAGCGGCUGACUCCGUCGCGGGUUCCGGCAUCGCCAUAGAAUGCAUCGAUCGUCUCGGCGAUCCUCAUUUGAGAUGCAGUCAUAGCUGCGAUGCAAUGUUAGCCGGCAGCAUGUCCAGAACAAAGUAACCAUCAAACCUCACCUCGCAAGGCAUCUAGAUAACCCUUUGCCUCCUUUUGCAGCUUUGUCGCGGCGGCCUCCAUGGUUCUGAACCGGCGCUCCUCAACCUCAUAGUCGCGAUCGUUUGUCUUUUCGAUCUGGCCUAAUGUCCGUUAGAGAUAGCCGAAGAGAUGGGAGGGAUGAGUGAGAACCGACCAGCUUUCAUCAUGGCCUGGACCGCGGUCCGGUUAACCGUUUUCUUAAAGCCUGGAUUGGCUCAUUAGCACUGAUUUGUGGGCGUGGGAUUAAAACCCACCUGCCCAGCUCAUGAUCUCUUUUCUGUUGGUGUGUUUGUUAUUUAAGGGUUUCGAUCAAGCGGAAGAAGAAUUCAGCAACUUUCCCUUCCACUCGACCAAAACUCGGAACUGGGGAAGGGGAAUGAGGGCACGUGAUCUGGUUUCGUCAUCAAGGUGGCAGUGCGAAUCUUGGCGAGUUGGGGCUCUUUUUCUGUUUUUGUGGGUUUGCCAAGACCUUUCUGCAAUUUCACGAAACCGCCUCCAAUCAAAAUAAUUGUUAUUAGUCCAACAUUCUUGGGAAUUUGGAGAAAUAUGGUUCCUCUACUUUCGCCCCGUUUAUCGCUGCGAGCAUGGCCGGGGAUUCUUCUCAGAGCGGGCGCGAGAGGGAAACAAUUGCAUCCCAUCUUGCCUGUUUCUUGGGGAGGGGGGUUACCGCGGCUGGCCCACUCGUCCUCUUCGCCAUUGGUAGAGACGUUAAGGAAACGGGCUCUUGUCCAGAAAGUGACUGGGUAGGUAAGCAUUCUGAAUGCCCCAUGGCUUACUCUGUAUUCCCGCUUGAAGUCUCCGUAAUUACACCAGCUCACAUGUAACUAUGGUUCCCGGGAUUGUCGGGGGAGCUUUGGAACUUGAGUCUAUAAACACCCUGACGUCUGAAGCAUUGUAUAGAAAUCUCGUUCAGGGCGUACUGUGCAUCUUGCCGAGGGCGUGACUCCGCUACGAGCAGUUCCUUAACGAGUAGGAUUUCUGACAUGUGUCUGAGUUGUAGUUUGCCCGGCCAACUCGACAACCUUGUGGAAUCAGGUCCUAUAGUAGCCUACGCUGGGGUUGAUGCUACUGCCCCCUCAUUGCACGUCGGUCAUCUGCUCCCACUCAUAAGCUUGCUCCAUUUUUACCUUCACGGACACCACGUUAUAGCGUUGGUAUAUCUACCUCUGCUUCACAAUUGUUAUAACUAAAGCUGAUAGUCUGUCGAGGUUGGUAAAUCUACAGCUUCUGUUGGGGACCCUUCCGGUAGAGUUGCGGAGCGUGACUCGAUUGCAUCGCGGAGACUUGGUGAAUGGUUUGACAGUUUAUGGGCUCAAAUAGAGAAAUUCUUCGAGAGGGGUAGAGAAUAUGCAGUUUCAAAAGGGUAUAGGGAGGCAAACUUUGGAAAGAUGGAGAUGAAGACCAAUGCAGAGUGGUUGGAUGGACUGGGGCUAGUCGAAUUCCUCGCUGCAGUGGGUCCGCAUAUUCGAGUCAACAAUAUGCUUGCCCGGGACAGGUUGGUUCAAUGCUCGCCGUUCUGUGCUUAACCUUACUAAGGCUUCCAACCUAUAGCGUCAAGGGUAGAAUGAGCUCUGGGACUGGAAUCAACUUUGCCGAGUUCACUUACCAAUUACUGCAAGCCUAUGACUUUUGGCACUUACACCGAACUGCCAACUGCCGUCUGCAGGUACGUCUACUCCUCCGGAUGUUUUGGGGAGUGCUUACGGUGGGCUAGAUAGGGGGUAGUGACCAAUUUGGAAACAUCACUGCGGGGAUCGACUUGAUAUCUAGAUACCAACCCGGUUCCACCAGCGAAUCCUCUUCCACUCACAAGGAAGCCUACGGUCUAACUGCCCCCCUCCUAACCACCGAGUCUGGUGAGAAAAUUGGCAAAUCCGCUGGUAAUGCCAUUUGGCUCGACGGGGAUCGAACCACACCCUUCGAACUCUACCAGGUACAUCCAACCUAUUUCUAGAGGUAAAAGAGAGCCCUCAACUAAUAACCACAAGUUCUUUGUGACUCUCCCUGAUACGCACGUCCAAAAAUACCUUCAAAUGUUUACCUUGCUUCCUCUCUCCGAAAUCUCGACGGUCAUGGACUCCCACGCUACAAACCCUGAAUCCCGCGCCGCCCGAACCCUCCUCGCAAAAGAAGUCGUCACCCUUAUCCACGGCGUAGGGAAAGCCUCGGAAGCGGAAUUCGUCACAAAGUUGCUUUUCCCGGUAGGCGGGGAAGCGGCAUUUUCCGCGGCGGACAUCAUCUCGGUAUGGGGCGAUCGAGUCAUUAGAGUGCCAAGGGCAGAGGUGAUUGGCGAGAUGAUUGCAAAGCUUUCCAGACGGGCGGGAGCUGUUAAGUCGAAGAGUGCUGCGCAGAAUAUUAUUAGGUCUGGCGGGAUGUACGUUGGAUUGAAAAACGAAAAAGUUUCUGAUCCGGCGGCGGUGGUGGAGGAGGGGUGGCUAGUGGAUGGAGAGGUUUUGCUGUUGCGGGUGGGGAAAGGGAAGUUUACCGUUGUUCAUGCGGUUUAGAGUGGCGUUGAGGACGGAGGCGUAGGUGGAUCAGACGUGGAAGUGAAUCCUUCGGAAUCCAUAAAGAAUAUGUUAGAAAUCUCGAAAUCUCAAUCAACUCAUACAGUAAAUAGGAAAAUUGAAAAUAGUAGUUACUCUUUCUU